CGGGAGAGAAGAGCUGGUGAUCACUGACGCUGACUCAGAGCCACUGGCCGGAGAAAGGAGCUUAAACAUCGUGGUAGGACGAUCGCUUCAUCUCCUCGAGUGACUCGUAAAACUGCUCAUGUGGCGGAGCAGGGCUACAGUCUGCUGCGCAAGAUGGAGAUCUGUGUUGCUGAGGCUGAGAAGAGGAGCGGCAAAAAUGCAGUGAACAUGCAGGAGAUGUUCACCGUGUACCUCAUCGAAACAAGGCCAAUGGAUGCAGUCGCUGAAGGUCGUAAUCCAGCCCCCGACUCUCUGUGGAGGAGAUACAGUGAAUUCGAGCUGCUGCGGAGCUACUUAAUUGUUACCUAUCCAUACAUUGUGAUACCUCCUCUGCCUGAGAAGAGGGCAGAGUUUGUGUGGCACAAGCUGACUGCAGACAACAUGGACCCAGACUUUGUGGAGCGCCGCAGGGUUGGGCUGGAGAACUUCCUAAUGCGUGUGGCGUCUCAUCAAGUCCUCUCCAAUGACAAGAUCCUUUACCACUUCCUCACUGAGGAGCAUGGCUGGAAAGAUUUGGUGUUUGAGACAGGCUUUCAGGCAAAGGCAGAUUCACGGCUAAGUGCUCUCAGUGCCACCUUCCGGGUGAGAAAUACAGAUAAACGCUUCAUGGAUAUGAAACACUACAGCGAUGAGUUGCAGUCCCACACAUCUCAGCUGCUCCGAGCCAGAGCAAGAGUUGCUGAUCGACUCUAUGGUGUUUUCAAAGUCCAUGGGAACUACGGCAGAGUCUUCAGUGAGUGGAGCGCCAUUGAGAAAGAAAUGGGAGAUGGACUGCAAAGUGCUGGUCAUCAUAUGGAUGCAUAUGCUGCCUCAAUAGAUGAUAUCUUAGAGGAAGAGGAACAUUAUGCAGACCAGCUGAAAGAAUAUCUCUUCUAUGCUGAAGCUCUGAGGGCAGUGUGCAGGAAACACGAGCUGACCCAGUUUGAGCUGGAGGUGUCCUCCCAGGACCUCAUCUCGAAGAAGCAACAACGUGAGGAGCUGGCUACAGGGGUAGUACGGACAUUCUCCUUCAAAGGAAUGACCAACAAGCUUUUUGGUCAAGAGGCGCCUGAGCAGAGGGAGGCCAGACUGAAGCUGCUAGAGGAGCUGAUAGCAGAGGGUGAAGACACAGUCAAGGACAAAACAGCCGAGUGCGAAGAGCAUGUCGAAAAGGCGUGGGUGGACAUGCAGCGUUUUGAGGAUCAGAAAGACAAAGAUCUGAGGGAAGCACUUAUCAACUACGCUGUCAUGCAAAUCAGCAUGUGCAAGAAGGGAAUACAAGUGUGGAGCAAUGCCAAAGAGUGUUUCCUCAAGAUGUGAAGUUGAAACCAUAUCCCAAGGUUAUCCUCCCUCAGUGUUGGGUGCAAAGUGUCCUCUGGUUGAGGUGUGUAAACCAUCACACCGAGACAUAAUGUCUCAUAAAAUGUGUCUGAAAAUAAGGUAAUCUCAAAUAACUGCAAAAACUUUUUGUAAGCAGUUAUCUUGAAAUAGUGAAUGUCUUGUGGAUUCAAAUGGCAAAGGGAAGUGAUUGAUCACACAGAGCAUUGGGGUUCACAUGUUUUUCUCUAACUUAAAUGGGCGCUUGAACAGUUUUACAUGAUAAAGUCAAGAACCAAGUUGUGUUAUUUCUACUGUACAUCAAAUGAUACAAGGAAUUCUUCUAUAAAGAGUUUGUGGCAAUUCCUUUUUUGUAAACAUUUAUUAAGUUAAAUCAGCCGGAAGCCCGCUGUUAGAUCCUAGUGUUCCCCUGUACAGGAGUUCCUGACCAGCUCUCCAUUUAAAGGGUCACAGUCUCAGGCCUCUCAGUCUCAAGAAAAUUACUCAAAGAGAUUCACUAAAACUUGUUUAAGCUGGUGGCGAGGAGACACACCUAGCUUCUAACUGUCUACGUCCAAGCGUCUCUGCUUCAACUGAAAUUCUGAAUAAUGGUUUUGUAUUUAGAUAGCGCUUUUCUAGUCUUGAUGACCACUCAAAGCGCUUUACAGUACAGUUUUACAUUCACCCAUUCACACACACAUUCAUACAGUUCAUCUAUCUGCAGCACUUUGUUAUUCUAUGGGGGGCCAUUCAGGGUUCAGCAUCUUUCCCAAGGACACUUCGGCAUGCAGAUGGGUGAGACUGGGGAUCGAACCGCCAACCUUCAGGUUGGAGGACCACCACUCUACCCCUCAGCCACAGCUGCCAUAAUCUUCUGAGAAAAGUUGUAUUUCAGUCACGUCUGUUAAGGGCAGCUCUCCUCUCAUAAUCUGAGCACAUAAAUUGCUAGGUAUUGUCAAGCCCCAAGGAUCUGUAUAAAAAUGCUUGGCUAGAGUAACCUUUAAGAAUCUGUAAGUUGUUAAAAAUCACCAAAGAAAUCCAUUUACCAUCAUACUGAGCAUUAAUUCAAUGUCCGCAACUUCUCUAUUAAUCAAUAUCUUUAUUGCAUUUGUUUUAGCAGGGGCAAAGCAUACAGCAUUAAUCAAAAUACAAUAUUAAAGUUAAAAGGUAAAAAGUAAAAAAUAUUAAAGAUAAAAACUUCAGCUAAUGUAAUUCAAUUGAGAGCAUGAUUUAAUUUGGCUCGGCCAAAGCCACCUCCCAUUUCCUACCAAAAGUCUGAAUUUAGUUGAAAACUCCAAACUAAGUCCAAAUUCCAAUAGUUCUGUAUCCACAGAAAGAAUUGUGUAAUCCCCAGCUCCGUUACAUCCUUACAUUUAUCGACACUACAUAAUAAACAUAGAUCUAAAACAGCUGUUUGCCCACACACAUGCAUUUAUAGAUCUAUCUUUCUCUAUAGAUAGAUAGAUAGAUCUAUAUAUGGUGGGGGACAGGGGCUCUCCUUUGCAGGUCAAUGAUAUUGUUCUGGGCUGUAAAAAGCGAGCAAAGGGACUUGAACUAAAUCCAACAAUAGUUUAUAUAUUUUUCUUUGGUUUGAAUAACAGGUGUGAAAGUGACCUGAGCCUCAUGCACAGAUCUAUGAAGGUAUCUCAAAGUUAUUAUAUGAUGCUAUUAAUUAAAAGCAUCUGGUCAUAUUUUAUGUGGCAGCCUUAAACUGGCUUUUGCUAUGAAAACAUGAAGUUAUAGUUUUAAAAACAUAAUGUGAAUGGCAUCGGGUGCUUACAUUUCUGUGUUAUAUGAAUAAAUCACAGAGCCGACAUGUUGAUCAUAUCCAUGUCGAGGGAGGUGGAUUGCACUGAUGUACAUUAAGCUGCGGUAGUCAGGAUACUCAUUCUGAGAUGAUAUUUAACUAAUGAGUUUUAUUGAAUUUUAUUUUCAUUUAUUGACAAACGUUUUGUUCUGUAUGUCUUACAUAUGUUACAGCAUUAUAUUUUGUAUUUCCUGUUGCAGAUGCUUCCCGCCAAUAAACUCGGAGGGUAUUUAUUGUCAUAUUUAAAUCUUUAAUGCUAAAUUUUGCAUUUAUUCUAUUUAUUUGAAUAAACAGACCAUUUUUUGUGAUGGUUAUGUUUUGUUUACCAGAAAUUGUCUGAUAUACUGUAGAUGUAUUCAAACUUAACACAUAAAUAUGUAAUAUACCAUUCGCUUACAGUUGUCAGAACAUCUGAAAAUGCUUUUUCUUUUUUUGGCCUUUUUGUUUGACCAAUUUUUGUGGUAUUUUUAUGUAUCUCCAAAUUUGCUUGGAUUUAGAAAGCAGCACAUAAAUACAUGUUGAGUUCCUCUGUAGUAGUAGAUUAAUGACUUAACAGAAAAUAAAUGUGGAAAUCAGCAGACUCUGUCUUCUCUGU